UUCUUCUUUCGCAUAAUCUCACCACGGUCAUAUAUACGUUGCCUAGAUUAAUGAAUAGUGUGAUAAAACGCAUAACCAUGAGGUUCGGACAUAACGCAUUAACCGUGACGGAGUAUUUUUAUUUGGACGGAAGAAACAAAACGACACGCAAUGUUUUCAUUCUAAGCUUAUAACGGCAAGCUUUUCGUACACCCUCCCACAGUUCUCCCGUCUGUAUCGUCGCCGAUUUGGCAUUUAUUGAGUUUUGAAAAGAAAUUAGAGACGAAAGAGAUGGAGGGAAAAUUUUCGAGUCCAGAAGAGACUAAUUUGCUUCAAAGGAUCAAAGAGUUUACUCGAUCGGUCGUUGAAGAUCUUGCCGAGGGAAGAUCUCCGAAAAUUUCAAUCAAUCGAUUUAGGAACUAUUGCAUGAAUCCAGAAUCGGACUGCUUUUGCAGCUCUGAUAAACCAAAGGGUCAGGACAUUCUCACUCUUAAGAGGGAACCUCAAACCUACAGAAUCGAUAUGUUGCUAAGAGUAAUGUUGAUAGUCCAACAACUUCUUCAAGAAAAUAGACAUGCAUCCAAAAGAGAUAUCUACUACAUGCACCCUUCAGCAUUCAAAGCACAAUCAGUUGUGGACCGCGCUAUUGGUGAUAUAUGCAUCCUUUUUCAGUGUCGUCGGUACAACUUGAAUGUGGUUUCUGUUGGAAACGGGUUGGUGAUGGGCUGGUUAAAAUUUAGGGAAGCUGGAAGGAAGUUUGAUUGUUUAAACAGCUUGAAUACUGCAUUUCCCGUUCCUGUUCUUGUAGAGGAAGUCGAAGAUAUUGUUAGCCUAGCAGAGUACAUACUGGUGGUGGAAAAAGAAACAGUAUUCCAGCGUUUAGCAAAUGAUAUGUUUUGCAAGAUUAACCGCUGCAUCGUUAUCACAGGAAGAGGCUAUCCUGAUGUCUCAACAAGAAGGUUCUUGCGACUCCUCAUUGAGAAGUUGCAACUACCUGUGCAUUGUCUAGUCGAUUGUGAUCCAUAUGGCUUUGAGAUCCUAGCCACAUACCGUUUUGGCUCCAUGCAAAUGGCCUAUGAUAUUGAAUCAUUACGAGCACCAGAUAUGAAAUGGUUGGGAGCUUUUCCUUCAGACUCUGAGAUAUAUGAUGUACCCAAACAGUGUCUUUUGCCUUUGACAGAAGAAGAUAAGAAAAGAACUGAGGCACUGUUGCUUAGAUGCUACCUGAAACGUGAACUGCCACAAUGGAGGUUGGAACUUGAAACGAUGCUGGAAAGAGGAGUGAAGUUUGAGAUCGAAGCACUCUCAGUUCACUCACUGUCUUUCUUGUCAGAGGUUUAUAUUCCUUCCAAGAUUCGUCGUGAGUUAAAUUCGCCUUGAGCUUCAUACUGGUCAUUAGUCAGUAGUCUCCAACUCAAGAUUCUGUAGAGAGCCACUUAUCAUCUGCUGCCUAUUAUUGACAAAAGAUUUGAGAUGUAUCAAGCCUUUUACAUCUUCUCUGUGAAACUCACUAUGGCUAUGGAAAUUACUGGGUUUGUUGUGAGGAUAUCGUCUUCUCUGUUAUGGUUUCAGAUUUAUAGGCUGGGAGCUUCUAUUAUAGACACUUCAUUUCCUCGUCAGUCAGAUUCAGAUAUUACUUGAAGAAUGCUGCUAUUGAGAUUUAUAGGCUGGGAACUUCAGUCAACAUUCUAAAGACAUUACUUGAAGAAUGCAGAUAGGAAUGUUCAUAGCAGCAUUCUUUUCUGUACAUGACAAAAUACAUUCUUUUG